AUGAAAUCUCAAGGCUCUAUUUAUUAGUGCGUUCAAAUAAGUUAAGAGAAGAGAUAGAGCGAUGUCAUUAAAUUUGGCAUUAGUUUUAAUUCAAUUUAUCUAUAAAAUAAUAAAUUAGAAUCUAGUUUAAAAUCAACAGCAAGAAAAUCAGAAUGGCUCUAUUUAAACAAUUAAGGUGUUAGUCUUUUAUCUCUAACUCGAAGAAAAUAAUAGAGAUUAGACAGUAUUGACAAUGAGAUUCCAAUUGAAAAAAAUGAUUUCUAUGGUCUUAACAAAGUAUACUCCUGA